ACAUAACUAACAAAGGGUAGAAUGGGGUACAUUGGCGGGUGUCUUCGUAGAUCACAAAUUAAUAAACAGAGAAUUGUUCUGUUUCCCUUUUCAUAUUAGAAGAAGAUAUGUUGUGGAACAUCAAGGGAAUUUAACGCGCUCUCGGAUUCAACGAUAUUCUACGGUAUUUUACGAACAGGGAAUUGAACGGUGUUAAUUUUUGUUUCCCUGUUAUACAAGAUCAAAAUGAUCGGGAAAUUCGCCUCCGUUUUCUUUUGGACCGUUCCAUUAAUAACGAUGGCUAUCUCCUACGGAGACUACGAUGAACAGUUGAGAGAUUAUUACGAUAAUCUGUACCAAAGAUCGUCUGUUAAAGAGCAAGAAAGUGAAGGCAAAUCUUCAGAAAUACUGAAGCUUACCAUGCCUGGCGUUCAUCCAACGAAGCAUGAUACCUACCUAUGUACUGCUGUGGAUCUCAGGAACAAGAAAACAUACAUAGCUGGAUUUAAACCUCAUGCUGAAAUGCACACAGCACAUCAUAUGUUAUUGUUUGGAUGUCCAACACCAGGACAAAAUGCUUUAGCAAGUGAAGGAAAAUAUUGGAACUGCGGUGAUAUGGGAUCUGGUGUAUGUCGUGGUGCUGGGGAGAGAAUAUUGUAUGCUUGGGGAAGAAAUGCUCCUGUAUUGAAGCUGCCAAAGGAUGUUGCCUUUGAAGUGGGUGGCAAAGUUGGUGUCAAUUAUCUUGUACUUCAAGUUCACUAUGGAAAAGUGGACAACUUUGUGGCAAAUACUUCUCUAAAAGACUACUCAGGAGUGGAUCUUCAAACUACAAGAGUGCAGCCGCAGUACAAGGCUGGCAUCAAGAUCCUGGCUGUUAGUUGGUCACUUGUUCCACCUAAAAAACAAGCCUGGCAUUUAGACACUGGAUGUGGUUACCGCUCUGGACCAGUCUUACACCCUUUUGCCUUCAGAGUCCACGCCCAUUCUCUUGGUAGUGUUAUUACUGGCUACAGAAUACGUGAUGGGAAAUGGACUCUCAUAGGGAAAGGGGAUCCACAGCGGCCACAGGCAUUUUACCCAGUGGAUAAAGAUAUGGAGAUAAGAAGCGGGGAUUCUAUGGCUGCCCGAUGCACUUACAAUUCCAUGCAGAGAGACCAAGUAACGGAUAUCGGAGCAACUAUGAAUGACGAAAUGUGUAAUUUUUACAUGAUGUACUGGUAUGACCCGAAAUUGAGUGACUUUGGAGGUGCCAGUAUCGAAGACGCUUGUCAGUUUCUUGACGAGGGACAGCUUGACUUGCCCUCAGAUUCUGAUGUCCCAUUACCGGGCAGUGGACCAAAAAUGGAGAUGAAAAGAAACCUUGGCGAAAGCCAGCUUUGAUGAAAGUGAUCAGCAUUAAAAGGCGCGAUCUGAUGAAAGAACUGGAUGAAAAAUGUUUUGAAAGAAGAUAUUAAUAAACGAUGUUAUUUAAAAAACUAAUUAACGAGAAUUUAACAAUUUUAACUUGAACGCCUAUGAUUUUAAAGAUUAAUGUAACCGACAAUAUAUUUUUGCACCCAGUGCUGUGUAUUUAUUUUAAACCCAUUGGAUUAUGAAUUAUGUUUAUAACUAAUUUUAAUCAUCAGUGUUAAAACACUGAUGGCUUGUUAUAACUUCUAUUGAAGUUAGAUUGCACCACAAUUAAGAAUAAACGUACUGUUUCGUGCAUGAUCA